AUGUCUUUCCGUUCUGCAUUCCACUUGACUUCAAGUAGCAAGUCUUUAUCUUGCCUUCUUUUCUCCUUUCAUUCUUUCUUUCUUUCUUUCUUUUUUCCUUUCUUUCUUUCUUUCUUUCACCAUUUGUCCCUUCAUUUCUUUUUAUUUCUAUAUAUAUCUUUCUUUCUCCCUUUCUUUCUCCCUUUCUUUCUUUCUUUCUUUCUUUUUUUCUUUCUUUCACCAUUUGUCCCUUCAUUUCUUUUUAUUUCUAUAUAUUUCUUUCUUUCUCCCUUUCUUUCUCCCUUUCUUUCUUUCUUUCUUUCUUUCUUUCUUUCUUUCUUUCUUUCUUUCACCAUUUGUCCCUUCAUUUCUUUUUAUUUCUAUAUAUAUCUUUCUUUCUUUCUUUCUUUCUUUCUUUCUUUCUUUCUUUCUUUCACCAUUUGUCCCUUCAUUUCUUUUUAUUUCUAUAUAUAUCUUUCUUUCUCCCUUUCUUUCUUUCUUUCUUUCUUUCUUUCUUUCUUUCUUUCUUUCUUUCUUCUUCAUCUGUUCUUUGAUUUCUUCUUAUUUCUAUUUCUUUCUUUAUUUCUUUCUUUGACCAUUUGUUUCUUCAUUUCUUUUUAUCUCUAUGUAUUUCUUUCUUUCUCCCUUUCUUUCUUUCUUUCUUUCUUUCUUUUUUUAUUUCUUUCACCAUUUGUCCUUUCAUUUCUUUUUAUUUCUAUAUAUUUCUUUCUUUCUCCCUUUCUUUCUCCCUUUCUUUUUUCUUUCUUUCUUUCUUUCUUUCUUUCUUUCUUUCUUUCUUUCUUUCUUUCUUUCACCAUUUCUACCAAUCUAUUUAUUUUAUUUGUCCAUAUCUAUCUAUUUUUCCAUCUCUAUCUGAAUAUCUAUCUGUAUCUCAAUAUAUUAACAUCUAUCUAUCUAUCUAUCUAUCUAUCUAUCUAUCUAUCUAUCUAUCUAUCUUAG